AUGAUAUGCCUGAUGAGUGGAAUUGAAGGGAACUCCCAAGAGAAAUUACACUCUCUUCAAGAACAGGAAAAGAAAGAAAAACAUGCAGAACCAGCAAAGUCACCAAAGAAGGAACCUUCAGCUGCAAGUGAAAAACAAGUGAAAGCAAAAAUUGAACGAGGCAAAGAAGAGGUUGGUGCUGCUUCAACUAAGAAAGCUGUACCUGGAAAGAAAGAAGAAAAAACAACCAAGACAGUGGAGCAAGAAAUUAGAAAAGAAAAAUCUGGGAAGACUUCAUCUGUUCCGAAGGAUAAAGAGAUUAUUACAGGGAAAGAAGUGAAGGUCCCAGCUACCCAAAAGGAAAAAGGACCUGAAACUAAAACAGAUGAAAAGAUCUCAAAAUCAGGCAAAGAUGUCAAGCCUAAACCUCCACAGCCACAGGAAAAGAAAGAAGAGAAAACAGCUUCAUCUGAAAAGGCACAAAUCCACAAACAAGACACAGUGAAACCACAUAAGAAUGUUUCUCAUGACAAACCAGAAGAAAAGGUAAAGCAGGUAAAAGCUGUCACUGUAGAAAAAACAGCCACACCCAAACCAGCAAAAAAAGCUGAAGAUCAAGAAAAAGAACCUCCGUCUAUAAAAGCAGAAAAACCAAAACCAACUCCAAAGGGAACAUCAGAAGUCACAGAAUCAGGGAAGAAGAAAAUUGAAAAAUCUGAAAAGGAAAGUAAAGGAGAAGAUUUUGAAGAUGUACCGGCUCCAAAGACAGUUAAAGAAACUGAAGAUGUGUCUUCCCCAAAGAAGCAAAAAARUCCCAUCAGUUUCUUCCAGUGUGUCUACUUGGAUGGGUACAAUGGCUAUGGAUUUCAGUUUCCUGUCACUCCUGCACAACGCCCUGGAGAGAACCCUGGCAAACCAAAUUCUCCAGGACAGAAGUAACAGGGACAGUAGAAACACAAACAUGACCCUUAUAAGUGCUUUAAAAUUAUGAAAAUAGGAUCUUCUGUUUUGUUCACAGUGACACAGGCAAUGGAAAUCAUGCAAUCCAGUUUUUUUUAACAACAUUUUACACUUCUGCCUGGUAUAGAGACAGGGUAGUCAAAGGGAUUGAAUAAUAAGCAAACAUUUUGAAGGGUCUGGUGAUCAAGAAUAUGUUAUUACUGUUUGUUGCUUUGGAGUAGGAGAUGCUUAUAUUUUUCUAUUUCCACUCACUGGAAGGUUGCACACAAAUUAAUUUAAAGUUUACUUCAUGCUGGUCUUUUAAAUGUGAUUGAUGCAAUUACAAAAUGAAAAUCCUGAUUUCAGUUUGAUUUUCAUUUUUCAAAUAGUAAUAUAGACUGCAUUCUAAGUUUAAAGGGUACAACAGCUUAUUUUAAAGUGACUCUUUUGUGUCAUGUGGAUAUCUAAGCUCACUUUACUUAAUAAGAUGAUGCUGAAUAGUUUCAUUCUGUUCAAUCUAUUUCUAUUUUAGUAGUGUCAAUGCUCUAGAAUGGAUAACACUUGCACCAAAGAGUGYUCCAAGUUCCUAGUGAUAUUCUUGGAGCUCAAAAUGUCUCUGAACUUUAGACAUGAAAAGAUAAAUAACAAAUGCUUGGUGAAUCUUAUCUCUAAGAUUAACCAUGAACUACAAUUAAGAUAUUCACUCCAGUAGAUGUAUACCUCCAAUUAGGCAGGUCUGCUGAGUUAUUUGUUUGAAAUAUAAGUAAAUGUAAUGGGGAUUUUCAGAUUUCUCCACAUUGUUUCUUCAUGAAAUUGUCACCUGGAUGAAACUUUAGAUCAAUGAUUAAAUAUGGGUGACRGAUGCAAAAUUAUUUAAUUUCACUUAAAUACAUUAUCUUGGUGAAAUUGUCUUUUCUUUUUCAAAAUGAAAAAAAUAUGAGUGCCAUCAAAGUUUAAGGGAGACAUUUUAACCAUAGUUGUCUUCAUGAGAUAUCUUACUUGCUUUCAGGUAAUGGGUGAUCAUUGCUCAUGACAUGGAUGAUGAUUUUUAACUCUCUUGACAUUGUAUCACUGGAGAUGACUGUUAUGGUUUUGUCAUCUUCCUAAUGAUACACAUACUCAGGUUCUUACAACAUUUUUCUAUCAACUCUGAAAGUCGUGUCUCUGCAAUCUAAUAUCAUGUUUACAAUUGCAAAUGAACUUAYGACAAAGUAACUCAUUAAUAAUUUGAGUUAUUCUUUCGGGUGUUACAAUGAUUUUGCAAGGUCUAAGCUAGCCAGAACCUAUAUAGUCACGUGAUUUAUUUUCAAGGACUACGACCAACUAAGGUUAUUGAGACUCAAGGUAUGAUCAGUUUUACAAAAAUCCUUAGUAAUACAUUCAUUAUUAAUAAUGGAUUUUCACAGACUUUUGUGGAAGAAGUUGGUCUUGGCCAGGUAAUGGGAGACCCAAUAUACACCACAAAAGCCAACAUUACAAUAAACCAGAUUAAUAGCAUCCUUUUUUUGUGGGGAGGGGGUGACCUGGAAGUGUGUAAUUUCAGGUCUGACCAUCUUUCAAAGCCCCUUUGUAUACUGAUGUUCAUUUAUGAGUAGGACAGUAGAUAAUGUUUAUUGUUCAACUGUUCCUCUACCUGUUAUAAUUACUAGGAAAAGGAAUGGGAGAAAAUAUGAUAGCCAUCUUAUGUCUUAUAGCACAGAAUGGUUUAUCCAUUGAAUGGCUAUCUUUCAAUGACUAUAUAUUGAGCAGUUACUCYUUCUAUGCUAUGUUAGGCACUGAACUUCAUAAGAAAAAUACAAGGAUAAUUCUGUUCCUACUGCUAUCCUGACAUAGUAUGUGACCUUAAAAACCACCAAAUGGACUKUUUGUUUCUCUCUGUGUAAAAUAGGGAUA